UUUAAUAUCGAAUUGAGCUGAUGAGGUGCUAUUCAAAUCAAAGAGUUAUUGCUUGGGAUUACUUCGCUUACAAUGUAAAACACGCAAACUGUUAAACGUCUCGAAGAGAAAUGUUUUCAGGUCUAGACGACAAUGGAAAAACAGUUUCAGUAAAAGAAGACUCCGCGUCGAUGGAAGGUCCAACAAAACAAAUAUCACCAAGCUCUAGUUUUAGCAGGAUUCAUCUUCCACCAAUUGUUAAGAAAGACUCCAUAACGACUAUUCAACCKCCAAAAAAGGAAAUAAAAAUACUCUGCCUGAAAUGCGAAGAAGAAGUGAAAGUAAGGCAGCUUAAAAGUCACCGUGAACUGCAUCAUGUCCUUAGUAUUUUUCGCUACACAAUGGAUACCAAACCAACUUCAGUAAAGCAGCUUUUAAAGCGUCGAAAAGCUUUAAUCAAAAGAYUAAAUGAAACAGCAUCUUCCGACGAUCCAGUGUGCACUAAGAAAGUAGAGAAACUGAAUCAAGCUUACGAAUAUUUAAAGUCAUAUGUUGAGGAAACCAUAACAUCAACGCGCGAAGUGCAAAACGACCUCCAGCCGCGUGUUCAAGGUUACGGCACGCGACUCAGCUGUGCCUUAGCGUUUGGCGUUUGUGAAGAAAGAAACGAGCGAUGGCGACCUCAUAUGGAGGACAGGUACUGCUAUAAAGAUUAUUUUUGUAAUGAUCCUCAGAGUGGACUAUUUGGUAUAUUCGAUGGCUACAAUGGGCCKAACGCAGCAGAGAAAUGCGCUCGCUACUUUCAUGAAAUAUUGUCUGAUAAAAUUGAGACAUUGUACAAGUCAGAUAUGAGCCACAAGCAAGUACAAUCKCAAGUAAUUUUAUCAUUUAAAAAGGCAUAUGAAGAAAUGGAUAAGCAUUUACUAUGGGGAGUAAAUGAGAACUCGCGCAAUCGUUGGAGUGGUUGUUCUGCACUGACAUGCCUCCUUCGAGGAAGUGACCUGUAUGUUGCCAAUGCAGGAAACGUGAAAGCCUUUCUUUGUAAAGGUGAUGGAUCUAUAAUGACAUUAUCUCAUGAUCAUAGCCCUUGGAAUAAAAAGGAAAGAAGUCGGGUGAGAAAGGCUGCUGAUAUCUCAAGAACUGAGAGAACAGCUUUAGUGAAUGGAUUUAUUAAAAGUACCAGAGGUCUAGGUAACCAUGGUGACCCUGUACUAAAAUCAGCUGUGAUCCAUGUCCCUGAUGUUACUUAUGUCCCACUUGACGACUCGGAUCAAUUUUUAGUUCUUGCCUCAAAUGGAGUUUGGGAAGUAUUCAAUGAAUCUGAGGUAUUAUUGCUUCUAGAYGACAUCAUGCCAGAAUUUGAUGUCAAAAAUGUGGUGMGGAGGAUCAGUAGCAAAGAUGUGACUACAACAMAAACUGAGAAUGAAAGAGAGAAUGAAAUCCCAAAUGGACAACAACCAGGACAAAGGAGYAGUGAAAGCACYCUGAACAAAUCAGUCAGUAGCAGAACAACUUCUUUUAUUAGUAAAGAAGAGAAAGCUGUUCAACUUGCAAAGACUCUAUCUGAACGUCUUGUAGAAAGUGCAUUACUUGCUGGGUCAAAAGAAAAUGUAACUGCAGCAGUAAUUYUGUUGAAAGGCUGUCCACUACAAAUGUUCCUGCUACCAUCUAUCCACAGUUUGAUACAAAGCUAAAACUACUGRAAUUUACUAGUAAAACAUGAUUUUGAAUGACCACUUAUUUAUUAUAAAUUAUUAUUAUAAGCAAACCAUUGUAAUACAAGGGAAUAUACUUUCUUCUUGACAGGAGUACAUUUAAUAUAAAUGCUACAGUAAAAACAAUCUAAUAUUAUUUACAAGACAUCUGAGAUGUGUAUAUAAAUUUUUACGGAAAGAUGCCCUAAGAUUAGAAUUUGCAAAUCACAUUUUAAAACCAUUGGCAACUAGCYGUGUAAGAAAUUUCAAACCUCUUGCAAGAUACUUAAAAAUCUUUUACUUGAACCAAUAAAAUAUAAGAUAUUGUAUGCUCUUAAGCAAUUUUAGUGGCAUGAACAGUCAAAAUACUGUCUUAUAUGAAACAUGACCAACACAUAACCCAACUAGAGUCAGACAUAUUUGUCUAUUAUUUUUUUAGCUAAAUAAAAAUGUUUUUCAGGUA